AUGCCGCUUGUGGAGUUGACAACAGAACAAAAACACGUCCUACACCAGCAGGAUGCAACAGUCCCUCCCCAGGCCCCGUCUGUUCCCAUGACGAUCCAGGUAGCAACAGAAGGUGGCGCUCCGUUUCCUGUCGUAGUCGCCGAGCAGACGCCCGCCAUACUACAGGUGGAACCCAGCGCUCAAAAAUUCACCCACGAGAUUCCGGAUCUCAGCACGACCAUCCUGGACUGGAUGAACGGCUGUCGUUCCACAGGGUUCCUCUGCGACAUCACGAUCAUCAUUGACGGGAAACAGUUCCGGGCGCACAAGACCAUCCUGGCCGCGUGCUGCGACUUCUUCAACACCAUGUUUCACAACGAGGUGCAGCAACAGAACUUCCACAGUAUUCUGGAGCUGAGAGGAGUUACUGCAGGAGGCUUCUCAGCACUGUUAGAUUUCAUGUACACGGGGAAGAUCUCUGUAGAUGAGACCAACCUUACAGACUUCACUGGAGCCCUACGGGCACUACAGGUCCGAAAUGCUGAUGACAUUUGCAAGAAGUUUGAGCCCUUUGCAGUUGCACUGGCCAGUUCACAGUCUGACUCAGCAGGUGAUCUGACAGAGUGUUUCAGUGGGGAGUCAGGACAGGAUGACAUGGGAACACAUGCUUUAUCAGACAGAAAGCUGAGGUCGCCCAACCAGAAGAGAUAUACCUGUGAACAGUGUAACACAGCCUUCAGUACACCCACCAACCAUAAGAGACAUAUGCGCAUCCAUACCGGGGAGAAACCAUACAAAUGUGCAGAGCUUGACUGUGGAGCAGCCUUCAGUCAGUCCACCCACCUCAAGGAGCACAUGCGCAUCCACCGUGGGGAAAGACCUUACUCUUGUACGUUUUGUGACAAGAAGUUUACCCAGUCCACGGGUCUGCGGCGUCACAUCCGUCUGCACACCGGUGAGAGACCUUACAUCUGUACUGUCUGUCAGGAGACCUUCAACAGACAGAGGACCCUCAAGAUCCACAUGAGUAAUAAACACGAGGGCAAGAAACUCUUCAUGUGUAACAUCUGCAACAAGGGCUUCAACUACUCCGAAAGCCUCAAAGAACAUCAAGUCAUCCAUGGAGGCAACCGUCCCUACAAGUGUGAACACUGUGGCCUGGGCUUCAACAACAAGAAGAACAUGGCCAAGCACGUCAAGAAACUUCACGAGUGCUCUCCAGGAGACAGGACCUUAAAGUGUCCCGAGUGUGAGAGCUUCUUUGGUGACAAGUCAAGACUGACCGCUCACCUGAACAAAGUCCACAACAAGGACAUCAGGAGACGACCGCGGGACAAGCGGAACGACAAGGGGCCCAAACACGUGAUCGUGGUGUCUCCCGAGCGGAGGACUCACAUCGUCACGCGGUCUGUAAGCCACGCGGCCAGCAGCGAGACAGCGCAAACCCGCCAACAGGAAAUCAUUGUCGUACAGAAGGACGACAACUCUGCCGAAGACGAGCCAAGCUAUGUCAUCAAAGUUCUCGUCUCUGGGGAAGACGAGAACACCGGGCAGUCAGAAACUCUGGCGUGGAGUGCAGACGGACAGACCAAGGACACAGACACCGCAGGAAGCGUACAGAACAACCAAUCAGGAAAUGGCGACGUUUCUAGCCAAACUGCUACAGCAGUGGUUACUGAGGAGAAUGGUGUGGUACAGAGUGUAGUUGAAGGGGGUGUAGGGAGUAGUUUGAUCUCACCAAGUCAAGAACAGCAGAAUGAAGCAACCAGUCAACCUGAACAGUCACAGAAAGGGACUGACACUGGACAGACUACUGUGUGAUAAUAUACAGUACUUGGUCAUAAUACUGAAAAGCAAAUGCAGGGUAUUUGUCAUAUUUGUCAAAAUUAACCUUGUUAUUAUACACUUGAUGAUA